AAAAUUGUGGGUAUAUAUAUAAAAGCAUUUGACAUGCGUUCUGCGCGUCUGUAAUCAGAAUUUUAAGGAACAUGUAAAAAAAUGAAUAAGUGGAAAUAAUUGUCAGCACCAUUAGAAAACCAAUGAUUAUGCCAAUUUCUCUCUAUAUGUUUAAUGUGAAAAGAUGACGACGUUUACUCGCCCCAGGGAUUUAUCCAAAGGCCAAUUGUUGUCUCUGGUGAUAAAAUGUUCGGAUUUUGCUGCGAAAAAACACAGGAAGCAGAGAAGAAUGGACGCAGAGGCAACUCCUUAUAUAAAUCAUCCUCUGGGAGUUGCUAAUAUUCUCACAGAAGAGGGAAAUGUCCAAGAUCCAGUGGUCAUCAUCUCUGCGAUUCUCCAUGACACAGUGGAGGAUACAGAAACAACUCUUGAUGAAAUUGAAAGAGAAUUUGGUCCGGAAGUGAAGCUCGUGGUGUCCGAGGUGACAGACGACAAAUCACUCCCAAAAAUGGAGAGGAAACAGCUGCAGAUUGAUCACUCUCCUCACAUCAGUCACGAGGCUAAACUCGUUAAAUUGGCAGACAAGAUUUACAAUCUUAGAGAUUUGAGCAGAGAAAUACCUGUCGGAUGGACUGUAGACAGGGCUCAUGAGUAUUUCAAGUGGGCGGAGCAGGUGAUCGAGGGAUGCAGAGGUACGAACGAAAAAUUGGAGGCAAUACUAGACGAUAUAUUCUCAUCCCAAAAAGCACGUGAGCACUUGAUAAAACAGUAACGGGUUUAUUUUUCAUAGAAAACAUUUCAUGAGAUAAUAAUUACUGCAUUCAUAUAAAGUA